UCAAAAUCAACGCAUCAGUCGUCCGCAUGAAUGAAUCGCGUUUGUUUGUUUACGGUCGUGCGAUUAACGGUGAACGCCGGCAGCAGUAGCAGCAGAACCAUGUCCGGUAAAUCGAAAGGUUCGUCGUCCAAGGGAAGUAGCAAAACAGCAAAGGACAAGGGAGCGGCGGCGACGACAGCGGCCGUUGUGCAGGGACCGGUUUUCGUUGAACCCAAGUCUGGAAACGUACUCAUCAAGAUACUGGCCAAGCCGGGCUCCAAAUUCAACGGAAUUACCGGCAUCGAGGACGAAGGCGUUGGAGUUCAAAUUGCUGCUCCCCCCAUCGACGGCGAGGCCAACACCGAGCUGGUCAAGUACCUGGCCAAGCUGCUCGAUCUGCGCAAGAGCGACGUCAGCCUGGACCGAGGCUCCAAGUCGCGCCAGAAGACGAUCGUGCUGGAGAAGGGGUGCCGCACGCCGGACCAGGUGCUGGAGGUAUUUCGAAGAGAAGCGACGCAAAACACGUAAGAUUUGGUUAUUUUUUUCUCACAAACACUUUUGUAGGUUUAUAUAUUGUUUCUUCUAAUUACGUGACCCAGUGGGGUGUAUUUUCAUAAUUCUCUUCUAAUUGGAUAUUAAAAUAAAAUGUGAAUAUCUUUAUCAGUGUGGAUGUCUGUGACCAGAACGCCUAUUAAAAUGUGUGUUUUGUUGUGAUAACGAAAAAAAAGAAGUCCCUUUUCCUAGCUUUGCCCCCGGUUUAAAUAGUCGGUUAUUUAUGGUUUGUGUUUGUAAUACAUAGUUAACAACAUUUUUUUUUACGAUAAACAAAAUAUAUAAUACAAAUAGACGCCGAAUCGUUUAAGAAAAGGUUAGUUUAAAAAAUCAUCUAUCAUUUCAUAUCUAAACGCGUUUUGCUUUG